AUGGCGAUCAGUCGCGCGCUCCUGUUUGUGCUUCUUGCCGCUUCGGCCCGUUGCCAGCGCGCCAGCGUGUACACGAUCGUGGCACCCUCGGUUCUGCGACCGAAUGUUAUCUACAACGUGGCCGCUUCUGUCGGAGAUGUUCCGAAUCCCGUGGAUAUCAAACUGUCGAUUCUUGGCAAUGACGAGAAAGGCCAGUUCAACUACAUUUCCAGAAGUGCUCAAGUCGCUCCUCUGAGGACCGAGCUGAUCAGCUUCGAAAUCGGAGACUGGAAUCCGGGCAACUAUUCGCUGAAAGCAGAAGGCACGGGAUCGAUCCAAUUCUCCAACGAAACCUCCCUCGGCUUCGCUCACAAAAGCUACUCGGUGUUCAUACAAACCGAUAAGGCGGUGUACAAGCCUGGCCAGAAAGUUCAUUUUCGAAUGAUCAUAACAGACCCCUUCCUACAACCGAGCGUCACCGGUGCCGUGAACGCUUGGGUCACCGACGGUAAAGGGAAUCGGAUACACUCAUGGGAGCGCCAGUUCACGACUCGGGGUGUUUUAGGCAAUGAGUUCGAGCUAUCUGAAAGCCCGGUGCUGGGUGAUUGGGCCCUGCACUGCGAAGUUUCGAAUCAAAAGUUUUCCAAAUCGUUCCAAGUCGCGGAAUACGUGCUCCCGACCUUCCAAGUGAGAGUUGAGCUCCCCAAGUAUGCCACGUACAAUGAAUCGGAUGUUGUUGCUACCGUGAAAGCCGCCUACACAUACGGGAAACCCGUGAAAGGAUUAGUCACGUUGACCGUAACGCCCCGGACGCGAUACCAACAGAUACGACCAAGACCAUACGAGCAGUUCCAAACGAAAGUCCCGAUUGACGGUGAGGUGAACAUACCGCUCACCAUCACCAGGGACCUCCAGCUCAAGACAGAUUUCUUCCAAAGAGAAAUCGAAUUCUUCGCUCUUGUCGAAGAAGAGCUGACUAGUCGGAAGUACAACUCCACCAGUUACAUGCCGAUAUUCGACAAAGCGGUGCGCAUCCAGCUGAUAAAGACCUCCGACACUUUCAAGCCCGGUCUCAAAUACACGUUGUUCUUGAAAGUAUCUUACCAGGAUGACACACCGGUCCAGGACCCCGAGAAUCAGAUCAUCCUCCGUUACGGUUACAACUACGAGGAAGAACAAUGGACCGAGCAGAAGCAUUGGAUUCCACAGAGCGGAAUCAUUCGUCUGGAGUUGGUUCCACCGAACGAACCGACGACUGUAGUUCUGGGAAUGCACGCGGAAUACAAAGGCCAGAUCUUCUAUCUCGACUCCAUUCUGCCGGCGAAAUCGCCGUCGAACUCCUUUAUUCAAGCGAGGCUGAUGUCUCCGGAGAAUCCUCGAGUCAAUGACAGGUUGGAGUUCGAGGUCAAUUCCACCUAUCCGCUCGACCAUAUCACCUACGAAAUCAUGGGACGGGGCGACAUUGUGUCGGCUUCUACGAUCACCCUGCGUAACGAGACGACGUUCCGUUUUGUCGUCGUUGCAUCCUUCAAGUUGGCACCGAAAGCACGUCUAGUCAUAUCCUCGAUUGCGAAGAACAAGGAAAUCGUAACCGACAGUGUCAACUUCGACGUGAGCGGUAUUCUCCGAACGCCCGUCGACAUCAAGGCGAGCGUGAGUCAGACGAAACCCGGCAGCCGUGUCGAGGUGACCGUAUCGACGACGCCAUCCAGCUACGUAGGAAUUCUAGGCGUCGAUCAGAGUGUCCUCCUGUUGAGAACUGGGAAUGAUCUGUCAGAAGCACAGAUUGUGAACGAGCUCGAAAGCUACGAUGCCGGCAAGAAGGCGAAAGUGUGGCCUACGUAUUACAGGCGACGCAAACGUCGGUCGCUCUGGUAUCCUGGCUCCUACACGGCCGGCGAACAGUUCAGAGAUGCUGGCAUGAUAGUGCUCACCAACGGUUUUGUGUUCGAUCAAGACGAAGCUCAAUUCCGCUCCUCGGAGCUGCAAGAUGAAGAGGAGGGCUUGCAGCUCGCUUCCCAUGACACUUUACCAGAUUCCGCGCUUGAGGAAAGCUCUGUCCGCUCCCGGCAGAAUUUCGCGGAGACAUGGCUCUGGAAAGACCAUACCUCCAGCACCGACGGGCGUGCCGUCAUCUCAGAGAUCAUUCCGGACACGAUCACGUCCUGGAUAGUGACGGCUUUCGCGAUGGACCAGACCACAGGGCUCGGGAUAGCUCCGACGGCAGCGAAAGUGACGACCUUCAGGCCCUUCUUCGUCACGGUAUCCUUGCCGUAUGCGGUGAAGAGGGACGAGUCGAUCGCUAUCCAAUGCGUUGUGUUCAACUACGGGAACAAGGCGAUUGAGGCGGAUGUGUUUAUCGACAACUCGAAGAAAGAUUUCAUUUUCACCUCGGCAUCGACCAAACCCGACAGGAAAAAGAUCACUAUUCAGCCACAGAACGGCUCACCCGUCUCGUUCCUAAUCACGCCCACCAGACUCGGUUACAUCGAUAUCAAAAUAACGGCUAGCCAUGGAUUCGGCGGAGACUCGGUUCUGAAGAAACUUCUCGUUCAGCCCGAGGGAUCGACCCAAUACUUUAACAAGGCUAUUUUAUUGGAGCGGCGAAACUCUCAGGCUGCCCCUUCGCAGUACAAUGUCAGCGUUUCAUUCCCCAAGAACGCCGUCCCGGGCUCAGAAAGAGUUUAUCUGACCGCCGUAGGCGACAUCCUCGGACCCUCAGUGAACAAUUUGAAAGAUUUGCUGAAGAUGCCUCAUGGGUGUGGCGAGCAGAAUAUGCUCGAUCUCGUGCCGAACAUCGUUCUUCUGGACUACUUGAAAGCCUCGAAGAGACUCACGCCCCAGCUGGAAGCUCAGGCUCAGAAGAACAUCGAGCACGGUUAUCAGAAGCAGCUCACCUACAAGCAUGAUGACGGUUCUUUCUCGGCCUUUGGCAAUGUUGACAAAUCUGGCAGUUCCUGGCUGACUGCCUUCGUCGUGAAAUCACUCGCACACGCGAGAGAGUACAUCAGAGUCGACGAGCUAGUGUUGAAGAACGCGACGGAAUGGCUGAUGGAGCAACACUUGCCCGACGGUAGCUUCAAAGAGCCGGGCCAAGUGAUUUACAAACCGAUGCAGAGCGGCGCCGGGAGCGGUGCUGCGCUCGCGGCAUACAUCGUCAUCGCCCUGUCGGAAGCUCGUGUGCGCAACGAGUACCCCGAUAAGAUUCGUCAAUCCGAGGAGUUCUUACUCAGAGAGCUGCGAACCACGGCGGACCCGUAUGUGACAGCCCUCAUAACCUACGCACUGCAUAUCUCGAACAAUCCGAACAAAGACCAGGCCUUCUUCAAACUGCAAUCACUGGCGAGCCGUGAAGAUCAACUCAUUUAUUGGAAGGAUCCCAGUGUCACUCAUAAUAUCACCGACUACGACCUCCAUCAGACUGACUUGUUCUUCAAGCGUCAUUUCAAAGAUAUCGAAAUGACCGCCUACGCGCUCUUAUCAUUGAUUAGUAGGGGCGACACCGGUCAAGCCAUUCCAGUCAUGCAAUGGCUCAUUAGUCAACAGAACAGCAACGGCGGUUUCACGUCGACGCAGGAUACUAUAAUCGCGAUCGAAGCCCUGUCUCGAAUAGCGGCAACAGUGGCUUCUCCGACGAUUUCGAUCGACGCUACAAUCAAGUUCGGUCAGAUCGGCGGCUCGAGAACACUUCGGAUCGACUCUAGGAACGCACUCGUUCUACAGAAGCUCGAGUUACCUUCCGACUUAAAAUGGGUCGAAAUCGAAGCGACCGGCUUCGGCACGGCUGUCGUCCAGGUGUCGUGGGAGUAUAAUCUCAUGGUGACUUCCGAGGAGCCGACCUUCUACCUUAACCCGCAGCUGGACAAGACCUCAACCGAGAGUUACAUGCAGCUCUCGGUUUGCACGCACUACCGCGGUGAAGGAAACGCUACGAACAUGGCUGUCAUGGAGGUGGGCCUGCCUUCGGGAUACGUAUUCGAUUACGAUACUUUGAGUUCCAUCCAUCGGACUAACGAUGUGCGACGAGUGGAGUCGAACGACGGAGACACGAAUGUGGUCAUUUAUUUCGAUCGCGUCACGAAAAAUGAACUCUGCGUCACCGUGCCCGCGCAUAGGGAAUACGCCGUCGCGCACCAGAAACCCGCACCUGUGAAAAUCUACGACUACUACAACCUCGCCAACUCAGCGAGGAUAUUCUAUCAUCCCAAAAAGGCUCGUAUUUGCGACAUCUGCGUGGAGGACGAGUGCUCGGAUUCGUGUAACGACGUGGAAGCUACGUUCGAACGUGAGACCGCCGACGGGGAUCUUGCGGAGCCUGACGCAUCAGCUACCUUAGCGGCGCCGUCAAUCACAGCUGUAGCUAUCCUUGCCAUAAUGCUGCUGCUGUUACAAAACGCUCGAUGAGAGAGCUCGGUUCGACGACUUCGAUGAGCGUGUACAUGGAGGUGCUGAUGGU